AUGGGCCAAGAAUACCCUGGUGGUUACAACUAUGGACAAUCUUACGAUGCAGCUUGGCUUGGUCAGGAGCCGUCAUUUAGUCAAGGCGAAAGUGACCACAACAUUCAGUUGACGCCGCCAGAAAUUCGGCGACAAAGUUUUCCAGUACCUCCUCCGCACUUGGACCGUAUCCUUCCUCCAGCUUUAGAUACUGACUCUAAUCCAAUUGGGGACAUCGUUUUCUCGAAUGAGCCAAGAACAAAAAUCUCCGAUAGUGUUCAAACAAUUUCGAGGAAUAAGGUGCUUAACAACCCUGUCAAUGACUAUACGAUAUUGUUUAACUCUACACCUGAGGCUGUUCUAAAUCAGGAAUUUGGGGAAGAUCUGCGGAAGAAGGGUGAGGGGGGUUGGCACUCCAAUCUCCUCGUCGAGGACAUGGACAGUUCAAGCACUUCUCGCGACCACGAUACCCCCCAGGAAGACGACAACCAGGAUUGCAGCGAAGUGUCCUCCGACCAGAGAAAUGCACGUCAAACAAGAAAUCUCACUAAUAACAUAUCGCUAGCAAAUUCUCGUUGUCAUGCCUCGCAGAUUGCUUCACUCAACACAUCUACUUCCUCCCCCAAAAUAUCUGAGAGCGCCACUUCUGAGAUUUCGGCCGAGGCGUUCAUCGAAGAUCGUUUUGCAUAUGUACUCCAGAGUGCGAGGAAAUGUGGAUUCGACAGCCUUGAAGCUAUGAUUACUACCUAUUAUGUUUCCGACUUCAGUGAUAAUCCAGCGCUAGCAAAUGCGCAACGCCUGGGUCGUAACCGACAGCUUCCUGGAAUUAUAGCGGGUCUCCGCGGUAGCAUCGAUUCCUGGUCUACUUGGGAAGCGCAGGGCUGCAAAGAAGAAGUUCUCAAAUUUUCAGAACAAGUCCUCUUAAAUGAGUACCGUGGUAACGCGAGAUCGCACGAUCUUAGACGCUUUUUGGGUACUUUGAACGGGUUAGAUAGGAAGGGUGUUCCAGAGGACGAACAUUCUCGCAAGGAACAUGUCUCCAAGGUCGGGAAAUUAUAUCAAGAUGAAGUUAGUCCAUCGUUGUCCCUAUUUCCCAUUUCACAUUCGCCUACCACUCACAAAAGUCUAAUCUAA